AUGGUGCAUCCGUCCUCCUCCUGGCCGCUGGUAACGGCGCCUCCGUCCUGGUCGACCUCCCUCGGCGUGGAGCCAGGGUCGCUUGGCGUCGCAGGUGUUUCCCAUCAAUGCCGCCAUCCCGGCAGCUUGCCCUCGCUCUCCGAGUCCGACGGCAAGCUCUUCUUUCCUCGCAUCUGCGGCCACUCUGUCCUAUACAAGCCAGCCGCUGCCAGCUCCCGUCGUGCUCACCGCAACGCGGCAGCACGUGCAGAGAGCUCCGUCCACGCUCUCCGCCGGCACCAGCAGCGCGCGGCACCUCGACCGAGCCCUCCCCCACAACCACCUCGCCCAGCAACGGCGCGCGCGCGCGCAUGGAGACCGCCGCCGCGGCGACAUCCUACCCGGCCGGCGCCGCAGACGGCGCAGCUGGGCCAGGGCCCGGCGCGGCCGGGGUGGGGCCACUGGGCGAUCCUGGCGCUCGCGUUCCUCCUCCUCUCCGGCAGCUUCGCGUGGGGCGUCUACCAGUCGCGCCACCGGCCGCGCAACCUCGCCUUCGUCAUCGUCACCUACUACCUCAUCGCGCUGCUCUACUGCUGCCUCGCCAAGCUCGACCUCCUGCGCCGCGACGACCCGGCGCCGGCGGCCGCGGCGGAGCGGUGGCGGGUCAGGAUGGCCGUGUGGUGCGUCUCCGUCGCGCUCGCCAACACCGUCGCCGCCCGCGUCGCCGACGCCAUGCCCAGCGCGGGGUUCAAGGUCGCCGUAUGGGUGUUCACCAGCGCCUGCAUAGCCGUCGGGUUCUACUUCUUCUUCGUCCGUGCGGGCGCCGGCCGCCGGACGCAGACGGACGGCACGGAUCUCCGCGAGGUGUCCCCGGAGCAGAGGGUCUGAACUGUACCUCGACCUGGCUAUUGUUUCAUUUUCUCAAAUUUGUAUAAAAUUGUUUUCCAGUAGUGAUAAAUUUAGGAAAAUGAUUCAACGCCCCCGGGGGACGGAACGUUC